CUAUGGUGUCGCUUCCACGCCACGCCAACACGCCUUUUUGCUUGGACUUUAUGAACCUUCAUUUUCACAAUUUCUCUUUGACCAGACAACUUUUACUGCAAAUCUCCGAUUAGAAUAAUUGCGAGGUAAAAUUUGUGUGAAGAAAUCUUCACUGAAACAAAUGCUCACUGAGCUUAAGUUAGAUCCAGCGGUCGGUGUUAGGGGUUUUGUAGUCUCUGCGUUUUCAAAUGCUCUCUAAUCGGAGAGAGCAGGGUCAGAAUGCCACAAGCUUCAACGUCUCGAGGCUUUGCUUAUCUUACAGCUCUCGCCCAAGCAAUCGAGAAAAAGCUUCAGCGGGCUCUAGUUUCCCCGUCCCAGAGACGAAACUUGUUGGAAGAGCUAUUUGCGGACAUAGCAUUAGAAGUUGAUGAUCGGGCAAAAGAUAUAAUCCUUGGCAGUGAAGAUGUAAUUUCUGUGGCGGAGGUGGGGACACGGGGUCUGCUAUGCUUUUAUGAUGUGCUUGCUGAUUAUUUUAUUUGGGCGCCUGAAAACGGAAAACACAUCCUGGAUUUGAUUGUUCAACUCUGGAGCCAAUCAUUUGCAUCCCAUAUUUUUUCCCUUAUGUUCCAUAAAUGGUUGUUCGAAGUUCAGCUUGAUAAUUCUGAUGUCCUCCUCCGUUACUCGUCGGCCCUUGUUCAAGGUGCUACAAAUAUCUUCUGGAUUGACAUUCAAACCAACACAAGGCGCUUCCAUAGCCUUUUUCAGUAUCUUUUUGAGGAAGUUGCAUUGGUGCCUGAGCGAUUAAAGAAAAUCCCCUUGCAGGCCCAACGAGAUUUGUUCCUUCUCCUCUCAAGGUUCUUGCUCUUUUACAACUUAGCCGACAAGCUCGAAAGCUUUCUGAAACAAUUUCCUGAUUUUACGAAUGUUUUCUUGGUUGGUGGUCCGGCAGACAUUUUUGUUAUUCAACUAGUUGAUCAGCUACAAAAGCUGAAGGUGGAGCCAGUGCUAAUUCAUUACCUUUCCCACAUCAAAGUUCUCCAAGAUUGAAUUGAUCUAUGCAGUGUGACUAAUUCCUCCAGGCCUGGAACUAAGAAUGACCACAAGUACAAGGCUAAAAGCUUGCUUGUAUAGCUUCACUUCUCCUGGCGGUCCAAUGUAUCCUACAAGAGCUGUUCGUCACGCAGCCUGGGAUGCACUAGAUAUGCUUUUCCCAGUUGGACGAUACCCUCGGCAUGUUAUAAGCCUCUUUUUUCGCUUGCUGUAUCCAUGGUACUGGCCCUCGUCCUGUUGGAACUUCAUAAUGUCCUGCAUUCAGGCAGUGUUUUACUCUGUACUGAGGUUGAUAUUUUCUAGUUGGGAAAAGUUGACAAAGCCCAAGCAUUUAUAGAUGAUGUGCAUUCUAUAUAUCAAAUAUCAAGCGGCUUGUGAUGCAUAGACAGACAAAUGUAAGAAAGAUUUCCUGCUGUUUAAUAUCUUCAGGUGUGCAUGUAGAUCAUAUUGAUUUGCUCUAAGACACAAUUUAGAAGUAAGGCUUUGGACCUUGCAACUUAAACUGUGGGCGUUGAUAUUGCCGUUAGAUAUAAUGCAGUAGAUGCC